AUGUCGGGUAUUCAACAUCCAUACUUUUCCAACCCUUCCUUUGCCACAGACGGUCCGCCUUCACCAACGCCGACGCGUCUCAAGAAACGAAAGCGCGAGGAUGACGAAGAAGAAGCGUCAACGCCAACAAAGGCGCGUCUACGCAUCGCGUCUGACCAACUCGGCGGGCUGGCUUUGCCCCUCGAACGACCAGUUGCUCCAUACGCUCGUUCUUCGCAUAUUUCGUCCCCACAGAAACAGCCAAUGACCCCUACAAGUCUUUUGAAAGAAAAUAAUUUGGUUAUGACCUCUACGCCGCAUAUACCCCCAGCCCUACCCCGUCAAGAUUCUUCUUCCGACUCAUUAUCUCUCCUCACUAGGUCUGCAGCUCCACCUUCACCUACUAUGCGAACACGAGCUGCAACAACUCCAAUGCGGCUCGCUUUGCCGCUAGCAUCACUCGCACUUUCUAUGCCAUAUUUGCUCAUUCAACCACCUACUUCACCUCAGCACUAUCCCUCACUCGAGGCAUCCAUCACCGCCUUACGACGAAUCCUCUCUACCGCCGACGACCCAUCGCCGGAGAUGGCACUCUCACCGGAACAAGAAUGUUUCGCCUGGGUUAUGCUCGCGGAGUUGGGUAUACAACUCGUUUCAUCGUUUAAUAGUUCUUCCCCUUCGGUCAAGGAAGAAAACUCGUCGCCCAAAAAGUCCAAGGCGGAUGUGUAUGUUCCAGAAUGGGGUCUAAAGGUAGAAGAAAUUGAGGAUGCCAUCGCACGUGCACUGCAGCUCUCCGACCGUUUUGCGUCACUCAAGCACCUCCGACACCGUCUGACGCUUAUGCACGCUCAACUGGCACUUUAUCAAGACAAUCCAAAGCACGCACGCGUUUUGAUAAAGAGGCUUCUCCCGCUCUCUAAUGCUGCACAACCGAUUCCGACAGACAAAGUGUGGGCGGCGUACGAGGCUCAUUUAGCAAUUGUCCACUCGCUCAUUGGUCAAUCAGAACCUAGCGAUGGGAUACGGGUGCGUGAAAGUGAUCUCGCUGCUGCAUUGUCUCAGUUGAAUGCACUGGCCAUGCUAGCAAACGGUCACGGAGAUUACGCGGUGUACCAGUUGGCCAUUGUGACAAAAUGGACUACCCUCUUCCAACAUCAUUCAACCUCGGAGUCUGAGCACGUCACGGCGUCCAAACUGGAUGCGGCGCUUGCGGAAGCAGAACUAGUGUUGGGGAUGGAUGGCUUUGACAAGCAACUCUCAGCAUCGACUGACGAAAAGAGUGAAGAGAAAGAGAAGAAUGUGUCUUCUAAUAUAACGCCGGGACCAAGUGGUCAAAGCGCUGGAAAUGCGACGCCACUUGUCCAGGAUCUCCUCGCGAGUGGUGGUCCAAUACACGUAUCAGCAAACUUCAAGACUCCAGCAUUCUCACUCCCCACCAAUCCACUUGGGAUGGACGUCUACGCUGCUGUUAUGAGCGAGAGCGGACAACCACUGCAGUCAAUGGUUGAUGAGAAAUCGAGCGAUAUGAUCAUCCCGCCUUAUAUGCGCUAUCUACGUGUCCAUGUGCUGAUGCUCGGUGUGCUUUGGCUCACGCAUUGUGGCCAGUCGGUGCGGUGCUCAGAGCGGCUGGCGCUAUUGCAUGAGAUGAUGGAUAAGAUGAACGACCUAUCGAAAGACGACAGCGAUGGAUGGGCUGGCGGAGAUGAGAUGGGUAUCAUCCAAGUCCCAGUCAGCUCAAACCCAGAACAGCCGUUGAGGAUCAAGGUCACUCACCCUCGUGUUCUUUAUCAGCUCACGUUUGCGAUUUCUGCAUCUGCAAAGCGUGAUGGGGCCGGAAAGAGACCGAAACGCAAGAUUUUUGUUGAAGAGGGUCUACGAGUGGGAUCUGUUGAUGAUCCUAGAACCAGCAACCCAACUUUAUCCAUCUUGGAGGGCGGACCUCUCUUAUCGUUUGGACGAGGUCUCGGCGUCGCAGACUCGGUGCACGCGCAAAGAGCUAUCGCAUACAUUCGAGCCAUAAACUACUGCGAGCUCAUCUCUGUGUGUCUCAUUCGCAGCGAGUUUGAUGACGCAGAUCGGUACUUGAACGAGACAGUCUCGUACAUUCGCGCGGUCGAUAACAACAACUCGAGUGCAGUCGCUGACACAGCUACUGGUAAUGGACAUCCGUUAACAGAGGGUGGGGAUUUGUGGAAGGCAUUUGCCCCACGCGUAACAUUAUUGCACGGACAGCUCGCACACGCCCUGGGCAAGGCGCCUCUUGCGCUCGAGUGCUAUCGUAUCGCGGCAUAUAUGGAUGAAAGGUCGAAUGGAAACGCCGGUUUGAGUGUGAUUGGUGCGCUCGCAGUGGCCGGAGAAGUCUUUGUACGGGUUGGACUCUUGAAGCAAGGCGGUGAACCUUUCCAGUUUCAAGGCGAGGUCGAUGACGAACAAUCGAUUCUCGAACUGGCAUCCGAGGUCUCGGAGGGAUGCUUGCAAGGCGCUUGGGGUGAAGGGAUGAUUGUGGUUGGAAGAAUCAUUGCGGCUGCGGUGACAGACGAGGUUAUCCGGGCAAAGUAA